CGUCCAAGGCGUCGCGACGUUCAUACGAACGACGCACUGCCCGACUGCCACGCGCGGUUCCCAUUUUGGCCAGUGCUCCGACCUAAGUUGCUCAUUUCGAAAAGACCCAAAAAAAGGGCCGAAAGUUGAAAAAACAAGAUCAAAAUGGCUUCUUCCAGUGCCGUAGCUAGGUCUUCCAAGUAUUCCUAUAGAUCCAGUGGCGCCCAAGGUGGUAGCGCUGACGUCAGCAUUGAAUACAGCGCUGACUUGACCGCUCUGAGCAGGCUCGAGGAUAAAAUUCGUCUUCUCCAAGAUGACCUCGAAGUAGAAAGAGAACUCAGAUCAAGAAUUGAGAGGGAAAAAGCCGAUCUCAGCGUACAGGUGAUUCAACUGUCUGAACGUCUAGAGGAAGCUGAAGGAGGUGCUGAAAGCCAGUUUGAAAUCAAUAAGAAACGCGAUACCGAACUGCUUAAGCUGCGCAAACUUCUUGAGGACGUUCACAUCGAAUCCGAAGAAACAGCUGCCAUCCUCAAGAAGAAGCAUCAGGAGAUCGUUGUUGAUUUCCAAGACCAAAUCGACACUCUCGCUAAAGCCAAAUCUAGGGCUGAAAAGGAAAAAUCCAAAUUCCAAAGCGAAGUCUACGAGCUUCUGUCCCAAGUGGAAAGUGUCAACAAAGAGCGUCUCAUUUCCGUGAAACAUGCGGAAAAAUUGGAAAUCACCAUCAAUGAACUCAACAUCAGAAUCGAAGAGCUCAACCGUACCGUUGUUGACAUCACCUCUCACAAGCAACGCCUUUCACAAGAGAACAUCGAGCUCACAAAGGAGGUUCAAGACAUCAAGGUCAAUCUUGAAAACGUGAUCUACCUCAAGAGCCAAUUGGCUGGUCAACUCGAUGACGCUCGCCGUCGUGCCGAAGAUGACGAAAGGAGGAGGUCAAUUUUGGAGGCCAACCUUCACCAAGUUGAAAUUGAACUCGAAUCCAUUAGGGUGCAACUUGAAGAGGAGAGCGAGGCCAGAUUAGACCUCGAAAGGCAAUUGGUCAAAUCCCAAGGAGAAGUUCAGGUAUGGAAAUCUAAAUUCGAAUCUGAGGCCGCCGCACGUGCCGAAGAAGUCGAGGAAUUGCGCCGCAAGUUCAGCGCUCGCAUCCAAGAGCAAGAAGAGCACAUUGAAGCUCUCCUCGUCAAGGUGAACAACUUGGAAAAGCAGAAAUCUCGUCUGCAAUCUGAAGUUGAAGUCCUCAUCAUUGACUUGGAGAAGGCCAACAACACCGCCAGGGAACUGCAGAAACGCGUGGAACAGUUGGAACGCAUCAACAUCGACCUGAAGAGCAGGUUGGAUGAAACCGUUCAGUUGUACGAACAAAGCCAGAGAGACUUGAGAACUAAAGUUUCUGAGUUGCAACGCACCGUCCAUGAAUUGGACAAGACCAGGGAGUUGAAGGAUGCUUUGGUAAGGGAGAACAAGAAAUUGGCCGAUGACUUGGGUGACGCCAAGGCGACCAUCUCUGAACUUACCCGUCGUCUCCACGAAAUGGAACUGGAACUUCGCCGUUUGGAGAAUGAGCGUGAAGAACUUACCGCUGCCUACAAGGAAGCCGAAGCUGGGCGUAAAGCUGAAGAACAACGUUCUCAACGCUUGUCCGCCGAAUUGGCUCAAUUCCGUCACGAAGCUGAGAAACGUCUCGCUGAGAAGGAUGAGGAAAUUGAAGCUAUCCGCAAAGCCACCAGCAUUGAAAUUGAGCAGCUCAACGCUCGCGUCGUCGAAGCUGAGACCCGUCUUAAGACCGAGGUCACUCGCAUCAAGAAGAAGUUGCAAAUCCAAAUCACCGAGUUGGAAAUGUCUUUGGACAGCGCCAACAAGACCAACCUCAACUUGCAGCAAACGAUCAAGAAACAAUCGUUCCAACUCACCGAAAUCCAGGCUCAUUAUGAAGAAAUCCAAAGACAAUUGCAGGUCACUUUAGAUCAACUGAGUGUCGCUUCCAGGAGAGUGCAGGCUUUGACUGCUGAAGCUGAGGAAAUCAGGGGCAACUACGAAUCUGCCCUUCGUGGUAAGAAGCACGCUGAGCAACUGUACGAAGAAGCCAGCACCCGCAUCAAUGAGUUGACCACCAUCAACGUGAACAUUGCCUCCUCUAGGGCCAAGAUCGAACAGGAACUAUCCACUGUCGUUGCCGAUUACGACGAAAUCACCAAGGAAUUGAGAAUUUCCGAUGAACGCUACCAACGCGUCCAGGCUGAGUUGAAACACACCGUCGAAAUCCUCCAUGACGAACAAGAGCGCAUCGUCAAAAUCGAGGCCAUUAAGAAGUCUUUGGAAAUUGAAGUGAAGAACUUGUCCAUCCGCUUGGAGGAAGUCGAAGCCAAUGCAAUCGUUGGAGGCAAGCGCAUCAUCACCAAAUUGGAAGCUCGCAUCAAUGACAUUGAAUCAGAAUUGGACGAAGAAAAACGCCGUCACGCUGAAACUAUCAAGAUCCUGCGCAAGAAGGAACGCACUGUUAAAGAAGUAAUGAUCCAAUGCGAAGAAGACCAGAAGAACAUCGCUCUGCUGCAGGAGACCUUGGACAAAGCCAACCAGAAAGUCGUUCUGUUCAAGAGGCAACUGCAAGAACAUGAAGGAGUAUCUCAACAAUCCGUUACGCGUGUACGUCGCUUCCAAAGGGAGCUGGAAGCUGCUGAAGACCGCGCCGACACUGCUGAAAGCAGCUUGUCCCUCAUCCGUGCCAAGCACCGCACCUUCGUUACCACCAGCUCAGUCCCCGGAAGCCAAGUAUAUUUGGUACAAGAAAGCCGACAAGCCGAGCUGUGAACGCCCACCAAUCAGCUACCGCCAAAUCCUUAAACUCUUAAGUUAUUCAUCGUUCGUGCACAUAAUAAAGUUAUAUCAAUUUAAAUUAUUAUAUAGAUGACCUAGGUGUAAGUAAAUGUAAUACCACUCUCUUUGAACGUGUUUUUUAUAAUAUGAUAGUAACAACUUUUUAAUGGAAACAUACACAUUUUCAACAUUUUACAAAAGGGAAUUUGUAAGUUUCAGAAACGUUUUGCCGUCUGCUUCAUAAAAACCGCAGGGCUAAUUAAUUCGUAAGUUUGAAUGUACUGUGUAAGAAUAAAUAAAGUUGCUUGGAUAACAGUA